GGCCAAUGAGAGGCGAAUGAUUGUUUCGGUGCAAAAUUUGAAACGAGGUGGCGAAUCAGUCUGGUAGAAUACCUUUCAGAACUUCUCUUGUUGGGUUGUGUUUAUAAGACACGUUGUAUUUAGGUUGGAAAACGAACGAGAUCAAGAAAAUUCAGAACCGUGACCAUGAGGAGAAGUGAAGUUCAUGCUGCUGAAUCGGUGGCUUGUCUGAAUCGAGCUCUUAAUAGACUCAAGGACAUUUGGGAAGAAAUCGGAAUCCCUGAGGAUCAGCGACUACAGAGGACAGAUGUUGUGAAAAAACAUAUCAAAGACUUGCUGGAGAUGAUGAUUACAGAGGAGGAGAGUCUCAGGAAGCGAUUGUUGAGCAGUAUCGAGUCUUGUAGCAAAGAGCUUGAGAGCCUGUGCCAGGAACUACAACUACCACCAUUUGAGGAGGAGGAAGGUAGCACGAUGUUGCAGCUGGAGAAGGAUAUCAGGACACGGUUGGAGGUGAUGAUCAAUCAGAAGAGCCAGAGGAUCCAGCAGCUGAAAGCCUUCUGGAAGCAGGACCAGGAGCUGUGUGACAUCAUGUGCUCAGCUCCUUACUGCAUCAGUCUAGAGUCAGUCCCGUCUCUGGAGCAGCUUGAGAGCUACAGCGCCUACCUGGACAGUCUCACCCAAGAGAAGGUGCACCGACAUGAUGAGUUCAUCGGCAUUAAAAGGCAGAUCAUCCAAUGCAUGGAGCAUCUCGAUCAGCUGCCUGACACCAGCUUUGAGAGAGACGUGGUGUGUGAGGACGAGGAGGCCUUCUGCCUGUCGAACGACAACAUCGCAGCCCUCAAACUGCUGCUCGGUCAGUUGGAGGAGCGCAAGGCUGAGAAUGAGCUGCGCUGCUCUGCCUACCGUGGUAAGAUCCAGGAGCUGUGGGAGAGACUGCAGGUUCCCCUGGAGGAGAGAGACGCCAUAUCUGAACACAUGGUCCUGUCUAAGAAGACGAACCUGGACUCUCUGCAAGCUGAGGCCGGGCGUCUGGAAGAGCUCAAGAUCAAGAACAUGCAGAACGUCAUUGAGGCCAUCAGAGCUGAGAUAGCACUCUUUUGGGAGAGGUGCUACUACAGCUCUGAGCAGAAACAAGCGUUCGUUCCUUACUUUGACGAUAAUUUCACUGAAGAAAGUCUGAAUCUUCAUGAGGCUGAAGUUUUGAACCUCAAAAAACAAUAUGAGGAUCACCAGGAUCUCUUUGAGGGAGUCGGAAGAUGGCAGGAGAGCUGGAUGCUGUUUUUGGAACUAGAUAAAAAGGCAACAGAUCCCUCUAGGUUCAACAAUCGAGGAGGGAACCUUCUGAAAGAGGAGAAGCAGAGGGCCGACCUUCAAAAAAGUCUGCCUAAGCUGGAGAAGACCCUGAAGACCCAGAUUGACCUGUGGGAACAGGAACAGUGCAGGGAGUUCUUGGUCAAUGGUCAGAAGUUCAUUCAGUACGUACAGGAGCAAUGGCAAGUCCUCCAGAAUGAGAGGGAGCAAGAGAAACUGGAAAGGCAACUGAAGAAAAACAAGCAGUUCGAGAAGGACAUGCAGUUUGGAACCACUGUGAAGACGCCGUCCAAAAGACGUCUUGCAGCUACUCCCACACCUAGCAAAACGAGAAAGCUAAAUUCCACCUGCAGCAUGUCCACUCCCAACAGUACGCUUCGCUCCGGAGGAAGCACCUUCCAAUCUCCUAGCCUACGACCUCCUCUGUCCAUCAGUAAGAUUCCUGGACUGCGCACCCCGGCACGUGCCAGAACUCCUCGGGCUCAGGAGAGGAACAAGGAGAACAUCUCCCACCUCUAUGGAACUGCUCUGGGCGGUACUUUAAGACCACCAGCUAGCCCACACCGGAACUUCAGCAUCAACUCGGUUGCCAGCACCUAUUCAGAAUUUGCGAAGGAUUUUGUCAACAUUGAUUCCACCAUCAUUAAAAGCUUUACCUCCUGGAGGACACACUUGAGUCCUCUGCUGUUGUCUAAAUGUUUUAGAGAAGCGAGACCUUUCAAAGGUCUCCAAAUCUACCAUCAUCCAGACAGGACACCUGAACUCUACAGUCACUCAUCUCUGAGGGCCGGGCCAGGGAUGCACUCUGGCUCCACCAGCUCAGCAGUGCCCCCAGCAUUAUGUUAACACUGUUGGAGUCUCUGAAAUGUCUUUGAAGGAAAGUUAAUCAAUACAAUGAAUGUAACUCCAAGUUGACACACGAUUUUCUAAAUAUUUUAUGUUAUUAUAUUAUUAGAUUUUUAAGUUUCUUUAGCUUCCCGCUGAAUGACACGCGGGACUGCGGAACAGUUUUCAUGAAACUUUGUCCUUUCUUUUAUAUGGCUAUUUGAUCAUUUUCAAUUUGAUACAAGCUUAUUGUAUACAUGUUUUGGGCUAGCUGAUCAUGAGUUUUUCCCUCUCAACUUUGACUAUACACUUUACACUACACAUUUUUUGUGUUAUCUUUAAGGUAUUUUAAGUGCACAAUCAUCUGCUGUCAGCACUGCUGCAAUAACAGCACUUGUUUUAAACAUAUCUGAGUGUAAUUGGUGAUUUGCAAACUGUAAAUAAAUGUUUUG